GAGGACUCCACGUGACUGUUCCUGGUGUUCGCGGUACCGGCAUCUGCUUCGGUUGGGGAAGGGGCGCAAGCGCGGGCAGGAGGCGGGGCGAGCUGACAGGGGUCUCCUUCGUAUUCACAGCCCCUAGCUGACUCCACCAUGGGGGACGCGCCAACCCCGGAGGAGAAACUACAUCUCAUCACCCGCAACCUGCAGGAGGUCCUCGGUGAAGAAAAACUAAAGGAGAUCCUGAAGGAGAGGGAUCUGAAAGUUUACUGGGGGACCGCCACCACAGGCAAGCCCCAUGUGGCCUACUUUGUGCCAAUGUCAAAGAUCGCUGAUCUCCUGAAAGCAGGAUGUGAGGUGACAAUCCUCUUUGCUGAUCUUCACGCAUACCUGGACAAUAUGAAGGCUCCCUGGGAGCUCCUUGAACUACGGACCGCCUACUAUGAAAAUGUGAUCAAAGCCAUGCUGGAGAGUAUUGGGGUUUCCCUGGAGAAGCUAAAAUUUGUCAAGGGCACUGAUUACCAGCUCAGCAAAGAGUACACACUGGAUGUUUACAGACUCUCCUCGUUGGUCACCCAACAUGAUGCAAAGAAAGCUGGGGCUGAAGUAGUGAAACAGGUGGAACACCCUCUGUUGAGUGGUCUGCUCUACCCAGGACUACAGGCCUUAGAUGAGGAAUAUCUGAAAGUAGAUGCCCAGUUUGGAGGAGUUGAUCAGAGGAAGAUUUUUACCUUUGCAGAAAAGUACCUCCCAACCCUGGGCUAUUCAAAGAGGAUCCACUUGAUGAAUCCUAUGGUCCCAGGAUUGACAGGCAGUAAAAUGAGCUCUUCGGAAGAGGAGUCCAAGAUUGAUCUUCUAGAUCGAAAGGAGGAUGUGAAAAAGAAACUGAAAAAAGCCUUCUGUGAGCCAGGAAACGUGGAAAACAAUGGAGUCUUGGCCUUCAUCAGACAUGUGCUUUUCCCCCUCAAAUCGGAGUUUGUGAUCCUUCGAGACGAGAAGUGGGGUGGCAAUAAAACCUACACAGCUUACUCAGAGCUGGAAAAGGACUUUGCAGACCAGGUGGUACACCCUGGAGAUCUGAAGAAUUCAGUUGAAGUGGCCUUGAAUAAAUUACUGGACCCUAUUCGGGAAAGGUUUAAUGCCCCUGCAUUGAAGAAAUUGUCCAGUGCAGCUUACCCUGAUCUGACGAAACAGAAGCCAGUGGCCAAAGGCUGUGCCAAGAACUCAGAGCCAGAGGAGGUCAUCCCAUCCCGGCUGGACAUCCGUGUGGGGAAGGUGAUCAGCGUAGAGAAGCACCCUGACGCAGACAGUCUAUACCUGGAAAAGAUUGAUGUUGGGGAGCCGGAGCCGCGGACAGUGGUGAGCGGCCUGGUUCAGUUUGUUCCCAAGGAGGAACUACAGGACAGACUUGUGGUGGUCCUGUGCAACUUGAAACCCCAGAAAAUGAGAGGAGUGGAGUCACAAGGGAUGCUUCUCUGUGCUUCCACGGAAGGAGAAAACCGCCAGGUGGAGCUCCUGGACCCUCCUUCUGGCUCCGCCCCUGGGGAGCGAGUGUUUGUGGAGGGCUAUGAGAAGGGCCAACCUGAUGAUGAGCUCAGGCCCAAGAAGAAAGUCUUUGAGAAGCUGCAGGCUGACUUUAAAAUCUCCUCAGAGUGCAUCGCGCAAUGGAAGCAGACCAACUUCAUGACCAAGCUGGGCUGUGUCUCUUGUAAAACAUUGAAGGGAGGGAGCAUCAGCUAACUGCAAAGCCAUCCUCCUCACCCUCCCACUGCCUCCACCAAGCUGCUCUCGUCCACCAGGCCCUCCAAGGAGACGCAUCUCCAACAGACUUGAGACUCCAAAUUCCCAAUGUCCGAUGUAUGUGCCCCUUGAGCGGAUUUGGAGAACUCAGGCUUGAAGCUGUGGGAGGCUGCCUCCUGUAAACCACAGAUAGACCCCCCCCCCCCCCCCGUUCCUAGGAGCCCAGCCUCCCACAAUAUUUUUGCUGAGGUUCUGGGAACACUAAGUGAGGGUGGCUGAAGGAGGUGACAGCUCUGGCUUCCUCUGUUGGCAGCUGAUUUAGGAAUUCUUUUCCCAAAAAACCUAGUUCCAGUGUAAUGGGGGGGAGGGGGGUGGGGAGGGCACACCAUGGAGAAGUAUGCUGUUAAAAUUUGAAAAUAAUCUGUUCCUUGGCUUUCCAGUGUGGAUCCGGCAGCUGUGCCCCAGGGGCUGUGCCCCUGGCUGGAGCCCAAUGCCAGGAACAAGCUAAUUACAGCUUCUCAGGAAGUGGUGGAGUUUGGGAAGGCAAAUAUUCAAAAAGAGAGGAAUAAUUGUUCAGUGUUAGAGGUCCCCAAAAGAAGGCAGCAAAGAACCUGGUUUUGUCCUGCCAUCUGCCUGGCCCCUUCCUUGGUCUUCCUACUAAGACUCUGAGUGAUGCCAGGGAAACCCUUCAUCCUGCCCAGCUCUCCCCACACCCUAAACCAGGUGUGUGUAUUAUUGGCAUCACACCAUUGGGGGGGGAGGUCCCUUUUUAAGAGGGUGAGAAGUAACUUCACAAUCUGAAUCAUUGUCAUAAAUUAAAAUAAAGCCUCUGACUAUAA